AUGAGCAGCAGUGAAUCUCUGUUGCCUUAUUACACGGCCCAAAGCUACUGGUCUACGAGUGUUUUCAACAUCUCCAUGGGGGAUCUCCAGCGGCAACUAUACAAAGGCAGGGAGUAUGACAUCUUCAAGUAUGCACCUAUGUUCGGGAGCGACUUCAUCCAGAUCAGCAAGAAGGGGGAAGUGAUGGACGUGCACAACCGGGUGCGUAUGGUGACCGUGGGCAUCGUCUCCACCAGCCCCAUCUUGCCGCUCCCUGAUGUCAUGCUGCUGGCCCGGCCUGCCAAGGCAAGCGAUGAGCACCAAGUCCAAGUCCAUACCCGGUCCACCAAGGGGAGAGGCCGCAAACCCACCAAGGCCCUGGAACUCACCCGCCUCCUGCCCCUGAAGUUUGUCAAGAUCUCAGUCUAUGACCGCCAGAAGCAGCAGUUGCGUCUCAAACUGGCCACAGGCCGCACAUUCUAUCUGCAGCUCUGCCCGACCUCGGACGCGUGUGAGGACCUCUUCAGCUAUUGGGAGAAGCUUGUCUACCUGCUCAGACCCUUGAUGGAAAGCUGA